UGUCACGAAGAUGAGCCAAGUUUGUCGCUUUUGUGGCUCUUCUGACCAGAUUACAGUGAAUUUACUGGAGAAUCCCAUUGUAAUGACUAACGUGGAGGUGUGUCUGGCCAGGAAGGUAUCGCCGGAGGACUGUUUGCCAACAACAUGCUGCAGUUCGUGCCGCGAAACACUCGAGGAGUUUGCCAAUUUUGUAGCAAUGGCCAAUGAGACUGAGAAGAAACUUCGGGAGCUGGAGAAGAAGACUCAGACUGAGAUUUCUCCCAGCAAAACUACACGUGUUACUAAUCGCAAGCGCGGAAAGAGUGGCGCUGAGAGUGAAGGAGGUCCUCCGAAGCGGGAUGUCACCACCAUCGUGAAGAGACUGUCGGGACGCGCUGACUUGACUGUGAAGAUUGGCAGUGGCAGUGGCGCGGCGGAGAAGACUCCUCAGCCGGUGACCAUCACGGGUGUUCCGUCGUACUUCCUCUGCAUGAACUGCCGCGAGAGAUUCGACUCCUUCGAGGCCCUGUCGCGACACAUGAAGACACCCGGACAGUGCCAGAAGAAGGAGUACAAGUGCGGCACCUGCUCCCGCACCUUCGACACGCGCAAGAAGUUCUACCAGCACAGCAUGAGCCAUCGCGAGCGCAGCUCUCUGAUCUGCGACCAGUGCGGCAAGACGUACAGCAACCGCUUCAAUCUCGAGAACCACAAGUCCUCCGUCCACGGAGACGCCGUGGAGGAGAGCGACAGUGCUAUCUACAGGUGUCGCUUGUGCUCUCAGCAGUUCAACACCCGCGUGGCGCUCUUCAGUCACAUCGAAGCGCACGACAAGCCGUCUCGCCAGGCUCACCUGUGCGAUCGCUGCGGCAAGUGCUUCGUCACCCAAGAGACUCUCAAGUCGCACAGUCGCACACACGCGAGCACGUACAAGUGCCAACGAUGCGGCGAAGAGUUCCCCAAGAAGAUGACUCUGGUGCUCCACGAAUGCCCCAGAAUGCCACCCAAACGCUCCGCCAACUGAAAUCAGAGAUGUUCAUCGCAUAGCCGAAUUGCUGCAAAAUUACCUAGUCAAAAAGCAGAGGAGUGCGAAAAGAAGGGCGUCUGCUGUGUAAAUAA